AUUCUUUCUUCCCUUGAGAUCCGAGGCCGGCAGUCGAGCUCAUGUCUGAUAUGAGGUUUAACCGCGGCAGCAGCUGGAUUGCCUUUCGCCAAGUCGGCAGCAGAAUGAGAGGUCUCUUAUCAAUGCAUUGGAUUCGUCUUAGUAUUGACCGAAUGCUUCACGUGGCGGCUACACCAAGAGUGAUAAAAAGUGCCCUUCCUACAUAUACGCGGACUGCUACCCCGUUACCAAGUAGGUUUAGGGGCGAAUAGCUGACAAGCUAAGUGCCUGCCACCUGGCUGAGACUGAACGAGGCGACGAUUGGUUCCUAGCAAAGGGGAGAGGAGGAGUUGCUGAUCCGACCUGAUUGCUGUUGCUAGGUUGAACGGAUAGCUAAGACUUCAAAAUGCCCGAGAUAAGCCAUACGGAGUACGGACUGUGUAGAUGAGGAUUGGCCGUGGACCGAGCGCUUGCAGACGCAAUGCGAGGGAUCACAGACUUGGAAAAGCGUCGUGUUGAAACGCAUCAUGACGAAGAUUGAGUUGUGUCUGAUUUUCCGUUGCAUUGCAUUGCGCGGUAUUGCACUCCACGGAACUGGCCAUUGGCCAUUAUCUCCGAGGAGAGGCAACGCUUCCACAUUCAUGUGCCAACUAACUGAGCCCGCGGAAGAAGUUGAUAAGCCGGCUGUAGACAGUGGAGAUGUCAAAGCCUCCAAAGUAAUAAGUCUCGUUCACUUGAAUGUCAUUUCGUUCGGAAUACCCAAAAGGAACACAGAUUGUAUCAAGAGCUCAUUCUUGCUUGAUUGACGCCAAGGACGCGUGGCGUCGAUGUAGAAUUGUAAUGGCUGCACUCCUUGAUCAGUGAGAGAGGGAUUCUAUAGCUCAAGCUCUUUUGUUGGGGAGAUUUGAGUCGAAUUGACAAUCUUGGUGUUGGCCAUGUUUGGAGUAAGGGAAACGUUAUUGCUUGGAGAGUGGGGGGAGGGGCCACUUUCACAUGUCACGGAGAUCAUUCAUUCCUUUUACUGCCUGCAGGGACAUUACGCGAGCAGCAGGGGUACGUACCUAAUUAAUGAGCUCCCGUCUUCCCGGGGCGAGCCAUUUGAUCGAAUGGCUGUUGAGGAAAGAGAUGAAACGAGGAAUGAACACUCAGAGACAGGGCAUGCGGCUGAGUCGAACGAUUGCCUAUCUUUUGACUGUGAUGGUGUCACAAAGGCCCAACAGCACCCCACCAAUGCCUGUCCUGUACCGACUGACUGAUACUGACUGAUGCCUACUGCUAUGAUCGAAUUGAUGUUUGGUCAGGGCUACAAGAAUUGAAAAGCAUGUGGCUGACAUGUCAUUCGAUAACCUCAGCCAAAGACUCAGCGAAGAUGUAGUGAUGCCAAUCUCCAAUCUUUUCCUUCAUCCAAUAUCAAAAAAGGGAGACUCACAAGAAACAGCUUGAAUCAGCCACAAGAUAAUGAGUUAGCAGUACCUACAUGCCCAAGCUACGUCAAGUAUCCACUCAGCCCAAAAUAGCUCUAAAGAUACCUUGUCUAGUACAAGCACAUGUUUGCGCAUUUGCACAUGCAAAUUGAUUGCUCCCUAACACUCACUCACUCACUCCUCCAGAAUCCUCGCGAUGGCAAAAAACAGCUGCACCUUGAUAUUUGCUGUAUCGUAAAGGUGGGUUACUUUCCGGAAUUUUCUAGCCCCCUACCUACUGGACAGCACUUACAGCACACCCAAAGCGCAUUUAUUAACCUAGAUAGGCCCUUUCCUCUUCGUUUUCCCUUCUUCCUCCGAGUUCUUUUACACCAAAAACUGUAGGUAAUGAGCUUCCAUACUGUGGCGUCCCACCAACAUCAUCUCCCUCAUCUCCCUCAUCCGACCUCAGACGUAACGCACACGCAGACACACAAUUUGGUCCUGACUACUCCUCCCCUCUUCCUCGUCCAUCCUGUUCCCUUUUAGCCUCUGCAGGUCCCCUUCAAUUGCGACCAUCCCACUUUCCCACUUUCCCACCUUCUUCUCUUCUGUUUAUCUAUCCUACGCCAUCACAUCCCACCUGAAGCUCCUCUUAAAGAAAAUUACCGUUCCUGACUCGAAUCAAGCUUAUCCAUCACUCGUCAUCGAACGUCAUCACGAUUUCGACAAGCAAUUGACUUUAUCUCGAACCUUGCGACUUCACCACUUGCACUGAUUCUUUGCAAGCAAUCCUAAAACAACUACCAUGUCUCAUCAAGUUAAUGGCGACGUGAGCGCUGCUCAGUAUUCUGCUUUCGUCCAGCAUCUUCUCAACUACCCUGUCAUUAGCGACGGCGUCCACUCCUUCAAGUCCAACGAAUUCGGCCAGCGCUCCAUCAAGCUCACCGACGCUGCUUACCAGACCUUCGCCGCUCCCGUCGUCCCCUACUUCGCCAAGCCCUACCAAUAUGUCUCUCCCUAUGUCCAGAAGGUCGACUCCCUAGGCGACAAGACCCUCGACCGUAUCGAUGAGAAGUUCCCCGUCGUCAAGAAGCCCACCGAUGAACUCUACCAAGAUACCCGUGCUCUCAUCCUCUUCCCAAUUCAGAAGGGUCUUGAGGGUAAGGACCACGUCUUCCAGGUCUACAACUCUGAGAUUAAGAAGGUCGAGCAAGGAGGCCUCGUCGCGCACGGAAAAGCUGCCGUUACCACCGUCCUCGUCGUCAGCAACGAGACACUCUCUUGGUUGAGCUCUUUCCUGCACCAGAAGAAGGCCGAGACCACCACUGCCGUCAACGAGAAGAUUAACCAGUAAACGCCUCACUCAAUGACCAUGGCACCACGAGCGUGAUGACUGUCCUCAGCUGAACCAUACCUAUACCCCUCCCUGUUUUCCUUUUACUCAGAAUAAUUUCUUGAAACCAUGGCAUUUCCUGUUGUACUUCUCUUCCCUUACUGAUUCUUGGAGUUCUGAAUGAUAUGGGAGCAUAACGCCGUUGCAAAUCAGCUUGUAACUCUCGGAAUUGUCUGAUGUGCCUCUUUGGUUGCGCUGCAAACAUGAUUUCAAUGGUUGUUUCAGCCCUAAGAAAUACAGGUGUUGAAUUCGAUGUGCAUUUCUCUCUGUCGUGUCUCAUAGGCGCAAUGGGGGUUGUCUGCCUCCCCGUUCUCUCGUUUCUAUCUCCCCGCUUGAGGAUUUAGCCGAUGACAGAGUGGCUAGCGGAAGGUGCUGAUGAGACAUAUGAUGAUCAGACGAUUGUGUAUCCUCGAGAUGUGUACGUGAGGAUACGCACGCGGCGGGUGGCUCAAAUCGUUAAAAGGAUGUGGACUUCGAAAGACUUGAAAACGAGCUAAUAGAUUUUGUUUGUAUUCUUGAGUGAAAAUUGAGUGUGAUUCUGGACCCUGGCUUUACUGAACGGGUGAGUGAUGACGAAAUUUGUAUGCAACAGGAUGCACAAGUAUGAAGGGGUGAAACAAAAGAAUAUGUUAAGCUUUUGAUACCACGAUCACGAUGCAAUGGUUGUUCCCAAUCCCGAUUACCAUCACAAUGGUACGUGGUGGCGCCUAAGCCCAUGCUCGUCUGAAGAUUCACGUAGUACAUAAUCUGGUGAUGUCCAGGAAAGUCUAUCGACUUGUGUCAGACUGUCUGAGGAAGCAGAUAGCCACGGUAGGAUCAUCAAAUAAACAUUGACUGAG